UCAGAGACAGCGCAGGCGGACGAGGGGGCGGACCGGCGAGAGGAAACUUGACAGAAAAAAAUAGCAGUUACUCCGCUGACCUCCAUGUAACUGAUAUUAUUUAUCAACGCUCUUAUUUUUUAAGACAGACAACUGUGCACGCCAACAAACGCGGUAACGGCUGAAGCGGAGGCGCGCCCAGCGAAGGAAUAACGUUAGCAGGAGAAACGGAGAGAAAGGUGAGGUGAAGAAGGCACGUUUUGGACGAAGAAGAGGAGGAGGAGGGCAGUGACAAGUACACGGACUCAGCCACAGGUAGCUCUCCGUUAGCUGUCGUGGCAGAAGAUAUCAAAGUGCAGGCGGGUCAUGCGGAUUUCUCCGGUCUGUGAUCGGAGCGCCGCGUCGCAGCAGUAAACGCUGUUCGAAGAGAGAAGAGGCAGAAAUCAGAAGAACCAGACCGAGUCUUCCAGUCCGUCCAAGCGGGCUCCUGAUUACAGGAGAGAGCCACCAUGUCCAGAAGGAAGCAGAGCAAACCUCGACAGAUAAAACGUUCCCUCGGAGAUCUUGAUGGCGGUGAGGAGAACACACCAGACAACCUGAGCCUAUCCGGAGAAGAGGGCGGCGCCUCAGACCCUGAUGAUUCAGCAGAAGGCGACAGCUCCAGCCCACCGCCGUACACACCUCUGUACAACGAAGAGCCCAGGACUCAGGAUUCUCGAGGAGCCCCUGAUGAUGAAGAUGAGGACAGGGAGGAGCAAAAUUCAAUACACAGUGGUGGAGAGGAUGAAGAAGAUGGGGCGGAAGAAGAGGAGGCGACAAGUUGGAGGGGUCCAGAUGAGCUGGAGUUAAGGGAAGAGGGUGGUGACAGCAGGGUGGUGGCAAGCAGGGAUCUCCAUCCAGACACUACAUGGGGUCCCUACCCUGGAAUCCUCCAAUCAGAGGGCAGCACAGAUGAUCAGGAUAUGGAGGAUUCAAAGUUGACUCUGGUCUGUGAAGAUCCAGACUGCUGGAUCACUCUGCUCCCUCAGACACCUGACCUCUCAGCUGCUAAUUGUGCCAUCUACAGUCAAAGGGAGGGGUUAUUCUGCAGGGUGACCAGAGAGCUCAUGGCUGGUGAAAAGCUACUGGCAUCCGUUUUGGCACCUCCACUGGGCUCCUCCUCUUCCCCUAUGGCCCAGCUCUCUCCUCCACUUAGCCUGGUCACCCAGAAACCACCUGUGGUGAAGGAGGAGCCUCUGUACCCAGCAGCCCUACGCUCAGAAAUCCAGCUCCUACCACAACAAGCCGGCAUGGCUGCAAUCUUGGCUACUGCAGUUGUCAACAAGGACAUUUUCCCAUGUAAAGACUGUGGGAUCUGGUACCGCAGUGAGAGGAACCUACAAGCACACCUUAUGUACUACUGUGCAAGUCGUCAGAAGCAGCCAGCAGCAGCCUCGUCUCCACCACAAGACAAACCCAAGGAGUCCUACCCAAAUGAACGUAUCUGCCCUUUUCCACAGUGUAACAAGAGCUGCCCCAGUGCCAGCUCACUGGAGAUCCACAUGCGAACACACAGUGGUGAGCGUCCAUUCGUCUGUCUCAUAUGUCUGUCGGCCUUCACCACAAAAGCAAACUGUGAACGCCACCUUAAGGUCCACACGGACACACUGAAUGGGGUGUGUCAUGGCUGUGGCUUCAUCUCCACCACCAGAGACAUUCUCUACAGUCAUCUGGUCACCAGCCACAUGGUUUGCCAGCCUGGAUCUCGCAGUGAAGUCUACUCCCCAGGCCCAGGCCUUCCCAAGCUGCCCCUGUCCACUGGUCUCAGUCCUGGAGACUCUGGUGUGGUGCUAAAGUGUCAAGUGUGUGGCCACAACUCUGAUACCCCUGCGCAGCUUCAGCAGCAUGUACGGACCCACCUAGAGGUCAGGGUCCCGGCUGAACGGAGCCCCACCCCUCGCCAAAGUACCCCAUCAUCAGUUGACCACUCCCAGAUCCAGCUGUCUCCCCAGGAGAGGGAGCCCCUUGCAUGCAUCCCCAAGCCAGACUCAUCUAGCCCCGGUGCAAACGGUGGAUCAGCUACACCUCGUGACAACAGUCCUUCUGAUCCCCAAAUCACUUGCUUAAAGAUAAAAGAGGAGCCUCAUUCAGAAUCUGAGGCUGAAGAGCUACAGAUAGAAAUCAAGGAGGAUGUUGGGGAGAGAGAGGGGAAUGAGGACGAGGGGGAUGAGAAAGCAAAAGGUGGAUUAAAUGAUGUCCAGACUGCCACCUCUUCCUGCCAGAAUUCAAACUCUCCUAAGAGUCCGGCCACUGCAACUGUAAAGGCAGAACCAGCUAGUCCCACCCCUGGUUCAAGCCCUGCCCAUGUUGGAGGUACAGGAUCAGUUGGUCCAGGAGGAGCGCUAUUCUUGCCUCAGUACAUGUUCAACCCAGAGGCAGCCAUUCUGCCCCAAGCCUCAGAGAUCCUUGCUAAAAUGUCAGAGAUGGUGCACAGCCGUCUCAAACAGGGCCAGACAGUUCCUCAAAAUAACCCAGCAGCCUUCUUCCCCUCUGGACCAACUGCAGCCACAGGAACAGCCACUCCACCUCACAAAGGAGCCACUUGCUUUGAGUGUGAUAUCACCUUCAACAACAUUAACAAUUUCUAUGCACAUAAGAGGCUGUACUGCUCAAGCAGACACCAUGGAGAGGGUGCAACAUCAGCUUCAGGCCCUGGGUUAGCAAGGGAUGCAGUCCCAGCGAUGGUGCCUUCCAGUGGGGCACACGGCUUGUCCACAUCUCCGCAGGCUGGAGCAGCAAGUAGAGCAGCUUCAGCCUCUCCUUCUGACUCUGAACCCCCUGCAGGGAGUGGAGCAACUGAAUCAAGAAGGGUGAUGGAAGUGAAGACAGAGACCCCCGUAGGGAAAGAGGGAUUAUCAUCCUCUUCUGAAGGGGAAGGCGGAGGUGGAAGUGUUGGAGGGGGGGGAGAAGGAGGAAGAGCAAGUGAAGGUAGCCAGAGUCCUGCGAGUGGAUCUGCAGAGGACCUAGAGGAUGACCCCAAUAAAACCUUUUGUGAAGCUUGCAAUAUCCGCUUCAGCCGUCAUGACAACUAUACUGUUCACAAGCGCUUCUACUGUGCAUCACGCCACGAUCCAUCCAACCAACGAUCUGUGACAAAGGCAACCACCGCAGCCGCCUUCCACCCCCAGCCCAUACGUACACGAAAAAGGAAGAAGAUGUAUGAGAUUCACAUGGCAAGAACUGAAGCCUUAGCCAAUGCUGCUGCUGCUGCUGCUGCAGCUGCCACUGCUGCCGCCUCUGCUCCAUCUCCAUCAAUUCUAGGCUUAGCAGUUAAGCAAGAAGUAUCUCCUGGCGGGGCAGGCAGCUCAAGUCCCGAAGGAGAUGGCCCGAUUGAUUUGAGCAAGAGACCCCGUCUGAGAGAGGUUCCAAGGCACGGCAGUAGCAGUUUACUCCCUGCCCUGCCGCUUACUGACUACCACAAGUGCACUGCCUGCAGUAUCAGCUUCAACAGCAUUGAGAACUACCUGGCACAUAAAACCUACUACUGCCCUGCCACCACCCUCCAGCCUCACACCUUGGAGCAACUUCACAGGCUGAAGAGAUCAGCCUCAACCUCUCCCAAAAGCAGGCCACAGCAAGAGCGCCAAGAUCAUCUUCAUCCCAUGGAGGCUAAAGCUCUCCCUGCUGAGUGGGUCGCCCAAGCUCAAGGAACAUCACCCAGCCCUCACCCCUCUGCCUUACCAACCUCAGAUACCACAUCCCCUCCACAUACAACCACCACACUUGCAGCAACCCCUGGAGCUGGAGCUAAAGUUGUAGGCUCUGCUCAGAUGGUCUGCCCAUACUGUCCUAAUAGGCUCGUCACCUCAGACCUUAUGGAGCACUUCAAGACUAUCCACGGCCUGGUCGUGACCAUUCAGCCACCCCAGGAGAUCCUACCCCAGCCAGGUAGUGUAAUCAGCCGCAGCCCUAGCCUUAGUCCCAGGGAUGGAGCUGCUGCAACCACCUCCACCACCCCCACCAGUCAGCCAAGACUGGUCUCAAGAGUGCACAGAGACAGCAUCAACGGGCAAGCAAGGAGCGGUACAACUUCGCCGGUGUCUCCACUGGUAAACGGCAGCCCUUCAGCCAGGACUGGAUCACCCACAGCCAGCUCACCUGUACCCACAUCUCCCCAAAGGGCUCCCUCUCUGACUAUGUCACCAGUGCCUGAGAUAAAAAGAGAGCCCAUGGGGUCACCCCACCUUCCAGAAAAGGCUACCCAAACCAUGGCACCCCAGCCUACUCCCUCUCCCAUCCCUGGACCUAAAACGUCAGUCAUCUCCCCUAUCCAAAAUGGUAACUCCCGCUUCUGUCGGCUGUGCAACAUCAAGUUCAGCAGCCUCUCCACAUUUAUAGCUCAUAAGAAAUACUACUGCUCCUCCCACAGUGCCGAACAUGUCAAGUGAGCUGAGUUAUUCCUCUCCUUUCUCCCUCCCCUUCCUUUAUCUAUCUCAGUGGAGGUGUUCCUUCCCUAAGUUGAAAGCUCAGAUGUCCCUCCACCUCUGCCAGCCCUCCCACCUGGGUGCUGAAAAUGCAAAGCUGGCAUGAUCAUGAACGACAACAAAUGACUGUUACUCACCUGCCUGGGCCUGAUGUCCCUCUGCUCCAGAGCAGCAUCUGCAGGUGAUGUUACGAACACAAACUGACUGAUGUUCCUCCUCGUAUGGGUCAAAGUUUAUAGCACACUAAGAGCUGAGGCGAUGCUACCUGCACACUGUUGUGCCCUUGACACUUUUUUAUGUGGCCCAGUCCCCAAUGUAACCACUCCCUGGCCUCAAAGUAUGUUGCAUUAUGGGACAUUUAAAGAUCUUCAACCACCUCUUCUUUGUCUCUUUGCUGGACUGAGUUUACACAGGCAGUAAUUAGAGGCUGACGAUGAUAGAAAGAAGAUGAUGCUGAUUAUAUUUGAUCUCCAGUCUUUUCCUGAGCUCUUAAUGUUCCUGACCUAAACGGAGGAAUCAUGUGCAGAGAAGACUUGAUCACUGUUCAUGUUUUUAUUAUCUGUGCAUAGUAUAAGAUGUCUGAAAAAAAGAGUUCUAUAUGCUUUUGGUUUCAACACUGGCUCUUUUUUUUGCUUACUAGAGAAGCUAAGCAUUUUACCAGAAAAAGAAAUACGCGGUAUCACAAUGUUACUAAUUACUGAAGGAUGAUAUUUCAAAAUGGACAAUUUCUUUUCUUUUACACACUUUUUUAGUUUCUCUUCAAAAUGCAAGGGAGAAAAAAUGUGAAAUAUUUAUCUUCUAUCUUUUAGUCCUCACUGAUUUCAUGUCAACAGAAAACUACCUACCUGGUGUCUAAGAGUAUUUGUAUUUUUUAUUUGUAUAUUUUUUCAUACUGUCUGAAGGAACUGUUUGGAUCUGGGUGUAUUGAAGUGUAUUUUUUAAGUGUAGAUAUGUAAUAUCUUCUUCUCACAGUUAUCACUGGGAUCACACUGAACUUUAUCACAUUAGAUUUUGGUGUAGUCUUUAAUCAAUGGUGAGCCCUGAGAACCAGUUGUUUAUUUUCUUCCCUUCUUGUACUGAUUAGAUCAGAACAUCUUCCUCAAUUACAGUUUUCAUUUUUGGAUGAUGAAGAGAGCAGAUCUGAUACUGUUGUCUUCACUCUGUGGUGAAAACAAUGCAGCUUCACAGGUUUUUAAAGAAGACAAACACAUUUUCAAUCAAACUUUUUUGAAAGCUUGCAUUUUAAAUCUUUAGUAACAAUACACCAAACAAUUACUUAAAAGCAGAAUGAAUAGGAUUUCUUUUUCCUGUUUAUACUUUUAAGUAUGUGAACGGACACGUGUUACGGUUCAAAAUGACUUUUUAAAAGUCAAUGAAGUUAGGCACAUAGUGGCAUCUUAUUGGAUGAGGAAUAAAUAAGUGACUGUAGAGUCUGAAUGAAAUAAAGUAGCUCAAAACAUUAUAAAACAAAUAGUACAGUUACCUCAGUUGAAGCUUUACAGUAUCGAACAUGUUUAAAAGUUGUAGCUGUAUAACAGCAAUCUUCAUUAUAUCUUUACCCUCUAUUUUGUGUCUGUGUGGUGGACCAGCACAGCAAGAGAGUUUCUAGUUCGAAUCCAGACAUAGCCGAGGUUAUUAUGGUUUAUUGAAACUAACUAUAAGUUAAAACUAAAAUGUUAAAAUCAUUUUAGUGGACUGAAAAUGAGACUUUAGAAAUUAACAGAAACUAACUCAAACUUAAUUGUCUGCAUACAAGACUAAGGAUAAAAUUAGUGAUAAAAUAUCCUUGGCAUAAACAUAUAUUGACUGACAUGUACACCCAAGCCUGGGGAGUUUAAAAUGGCCUGAAUUUAAUGUUGAAGACUUCACACAGUGAUAUUUUGAGUUGUACUCAAACAUCAAAUAUAAUAGCUAGAACAAGGCAUGAAGAGUAGCAUAUUUUAAUGUAUUCUAAAAAAUUGUACAAUCUCUACUUUUUCUGGCUCUUUAGGGUCUCGCCCCUGACAGGUAUCCCAUAUUUGAAAAACUAACACUAAAAGUGAAAAACUGAACUGAAAACAAGCAUGUUUGCAAAAUAAAAACUAAGCUUCACUAAUAAACUGACAGUAAAGAAAUAAAUAAACCUAAACUGAAAUUUGAAAUAAAAACUGAUAAUGAAAUAAAAGCAAAGCUAAUGAAAUAUCCUAAACUAUUCUAAUCUUGGACAAAGCCUUUCCAUCUCCUUGCAUGGGUUACCUCUGGCUACUGCAGCUUCCUUCCAUAGUCCAAAGGCAUGCUCGCUAGGUUGAUUAGUGACUCUAAAUGAUGUGAGCGUGACUGGUUGUUUGUGUCAAUAGUUCAGCUCUGUGAACAACCAGUCCAGGGCGUACCCCACCUCUGACGCAAUGACAGCCGAGACAGUCCGGCUGCAGACCGUACCUCUCUAAAGGCCACUCCCACACACCGUUCAUCUGAGAUGCCAUCUCUUUCAGAAAAGGGGUGCCAUAACUUGCCAGUACAACGUAUUUAAAUUUUAAAGUUUUUUUUUUCUAAGAAAUUCAACUUCUUUUGUCAAUAAAGUCUGGCAGUUACAUGCAAGGAAUAACCACAUUGCAAACAUAACAGACUAUAUAUAGACCUGUUAUAGAAGUAGUUACACAAUCGGGAGCUUGCCUUAGCUUUGUUAGCAGCCUGAGCUUUAGCGAAUGCUAAAAAAAAGUUGGAUAGAUUGACCCGCAUGCUCUUGUUCUUGGAUUUUGAGACAAAUUUUCAUUUUAUUAUUUUAUUCCACCUUAUUGACGCCACCAUUUGAUUCUAGACACUGACAGAGAUUUAGUUUUUCCGUCAACACGUGAAAUCCUAAUCCUUCUGCAUUUAAAUAGUUGUGUUUCUAUCCGGCAAUGAAGGCUUAGCAGAGAAUGACCACUCCUCACAAAGCAAAGAAAGCACCAACUGUGUAUUGUAGCUGCUUUUUUGGCUGAUGGUGAGUGUGUUUAAGAAGGCAAUGCUCUCUUUCUUUUUGUCGAUGCUCUUAAAUAUACAUACAAAGUUUACACCACAUGCUCCUGUUAUUAUACAGUGUUAGAACUGUGAAACACCUUUCCUUUCCAGUAUAGAUGAACAUUUACUGAUGCACACUGAGGUGAAUCCUUUUAAUUCACUUUGCAAAUAUUACAACUAAAUUUGGUCCCUGAAUUCUUAAAAUGGAAAUUUACCUGAGUAUUUCACCUUUGUCAGUAUGCAAGAGCCUCUAAGCAGCAUUUGGACCUUCAGUAGACACUGAAUGCAGCAAAGUAUCCUCCCGUACAUAAGGGAUUAUCUUGCGGAGGAGAACUGUAAACCUGCUGAAACAGGACAGAUUUGGACCUCAGUAAAUCAAGCAAUAGCAAAUUUGAGACCCACACACACCAGCUCCUUAAACUGCAAACAAAAUGUUUUUUACAGGAUUUUUGAUUCAUGUUUGAUUUUCUGCUCUGCUGUAUCAGACGCAUCUUACCACUACGUGUUUACAAUCGAGCCGUUCUUUCUCUCCCACUUCAUAAAAAGAGCAGAAGCAGAGAAAAGUCAAAAGUUUAUGUCACAGAUUGAGGAAGUGCAAAAUCAUUAUUUGAACUUACCCCAUUUAAUUGCACUGUGUUGUAUAAAAAUGUGCUGAAUGUUUUAGUUUUAGGGAUGUUUUUCUUGUAAUGUAUUUAUGUUCAACAGAACUUUUCCCCGUCCAAAAUGUGUCAUUGUUCUACCUUGAAGGACUCUGAAAGAUUUUCAAACCUCGCAUUAAGUUUUUCUAUUUAGAUUCAAACAUUUUUGUUUAUGAUUCCAGUCCAAAAUGGAGAAAAUGACAAUGAAUGUCAAAACUUUUUGUCCCAUAUUUUUAAUUUCAUUUCAGUUCCACUACACUCUUGUCCAAACUAUGCAUGGGAAAUAAAAAAGUUCUGAGAGAC